AUGUCUUCGCUGUCACUGAGGUUAUCUAUCACAAGUGAUAUUCAAUCACUCGAAGAGUUCAGACCCGUAAAGAGUGUAUUUGAACCUGAGGACGAUUAUGAUGAACAUGACGAUGAAAGCAGACGUAUGAGUCUUAUCCGUACCAUUACCUCCAUGCACCAAAAAGACUAUGAUGACAAGUUGAAUACUCUUUCCAGAGAAAUUUCUCGUCAAAUUUCCCAUAAGGAUGGUGAAUUCCUGUUACAGUUGGAUGAGUUCAAUUUGGGAAAGAUCUUAGCCAACUUUAGUUAUUUCGCCAAGAAGCAAGGUAUCAAGAUGCGUAGUAGUGGUAUCACCAUCAGGGAUUUGAAUGUUUACGGUAUCGAUGAAUCAUUUGCUGUUGUACCUACUGCUUUGGAUAUUUUGAAGGGUCCAGUUGGUGCUGUUCAAGGGAUUAUGGCAAAGAUCAGAACUCCUAAUAGAAAUCUCUUACAUAAUUUGAAUGGGUUUGCUAGACCAGGUGAAAUGGUUUUGGUUUUAGGAAGACCAGGUGCUGGUUGUACCACUUUUUUGAAAGCUAUUUCCGGUACCGAUUUCGAUUUGUAUAAAGGUGUGGAAGGUGAAGUACUCUAUGACGGUAUUCACCAAAGCGAAAUGUUGAAGUCGUUUAAGAAUGACUUGAUCUAUAACCCUGAAUUGGACUGUCAUUUCCCUCAUUUAACUGUUGAUCAGACGCUUACAUUUGCCCUUAGUUGUAAGACUCCUAACCUUAGAAUUAAUGGAGUUAGCAGAAGUCAAUUUAUUGAAGCUCAAAAGAUUAUCUUGGCCACAGUCUUUGGUUUGAAACAUACAUUCCAUACCAAGGUUGGUAAUGAUUUCGUCAGAGGUGUUUCUGGAGGUGAAAGAAAGAGGGUUUCCAUUGCUGAAGCAUUGGCUUGUAGUGGUUCCUUGUACUGUUGGGAUAAUGCCACUAGAGGAUUGGAUGCAUCCACAGCAUUAGAAUUUACCCAAGCUAUCAGAACCUCUACCAAGUUAUUACGUACCACUGCCUUUAUCACUAUUUACCAAGCAGGUGAAAACAUUUAUGAAAAGUUUGACAAGGUUACAGUGUUGUAUCAUGGUAAGCAAAUUUACUUUGGUCCUAGAGAUAAGGCUAAGAGAUAUUUUGAAAAUAUGGGUUGGGAAUGUCCUCAAAGACAAACUACUGCUGAAUUUUUGACCGCCGUCACUGAUCCAAUUGGAAGAUACCCAAGACAAGGCUAUGAAAACAAAGUUCCACAAACUGCUGAAGAAUUUGAAGCAUAUUGGUUAAAGUCUCCUGAAUAUAAACAACUCAUUAACGAUAUUGACGAAUACAAUGCAGAAACCAAUGAAGAUGAAACCCGUAAGAACUACUACGAGUCCUUGAAGCAAGAAAAGCUGAAGGGAGCUAGAUUAAACUCAAUUUAUACUGUGUCAUUCUUUGAACAAUUAAAAUUAUGUACCAUGAGAACAUUUGACAGAACAUGGGGUGAUAAAGCAUACACUAUUACCCUUAUAUUGGCCGCUGUUGCUCAAGCAUUUAUCAUAGGUUCACUUUAUUACAAUACUCCAGAUGACGUUUCCGGAGCUUUCAGUCGUGGUGGUGUUAUUUUCUUUGCCGUCCUUUAUAUGUCGUUAAUGGGGUUGGCGGAAAUUUCUGCCUCCUUUGGUGCCAGACCUAUUUUGAUGAAACAUAAAAACUACACAUUGUACCAUCCAUCUGCUGAUGCUUUGGGUAAUUUCAUUAUUUCUAUUCCCUUGAGUAUUCUUAUUAACACCAUGUUUGUCAUUAUCCUUUACUUUUUAUCCAACUUAGCAAGAGAUGCUGGGAAGUUCUUUAUCGCUUAUUUGUUUAUCAUCAUGUUGCAUCUAACUAUGGGUAGUUUUUUCCAAGCAAUUGCUUCAUUGAAUAAGACUAUUUCUGCUGCUAACGCAUUUGCUGGUGUGAUGGUUCUUGCUUCGUUGAUGUAUUCAUCCUUUAUGAUUCAACGUCCUUCAAUGCACCCUUGGUUCAAAUGGAUUUCCUAUAUUAACCCUGUGCUUUACGCAUUCGAAGCUAUUAUUGCAAGUGAAUUCCAUGGUAGACACAUGGAAUGUGCUGGUCAAUACCUUACUCCAUCGGGUCCAGGAUUUGAAAAUUUGGGUCCUGGGGAACAGGUUUGUUCAUUCAUUGGAUCUGUUCCAGGUCAAAGUUGGGUUUUGGGUGACCAAUACUUGAGAAUUGCCUUUACAUACGAGUUUUCUCAUGUUUGGAGAAAUUUGGGGAUUUUAUUCGGGUUCUUAUUUUUCUUCCUUGCUAUCAAUGCUUUGGGAACAGAGUACGUGAAACCAAUCAGUGGUGGUGGUGACAAGUUGUUAUACUUAAGAGGAAAGGUCCCUGAUCAUUUAGCUAACGCAUCUGACAAACAACAGCGUGAUUUAGAAGGUGGUCCUGCUGUUGGUGAUCUUGAAAAGGUUCCUGGGCAAGCCAAUGAUUCUGAUUUAGAUGAUUUGAAAGUUGACGAUAUAUUUGUUUGGAAGGAUGUCGACUAUGUGAUUCCAUAUGACGGUGCUGAAAGAAAAUUGUUGGACCAAGUUAGUGGAUUCUGUGUCCCUGGAACUUUAACAGCAUUGAUGGGAGAAUCUGGUGCUGGUAAAACUACGUUGUUAAACACAUUGGCUCAAAGAAUUGACUUUGGGGUUGUUACUGGAGAUAUGCUUGUCAAUGGUAAGCCAUUGGAUUCGUCAUUCAGUCGUAGAACUGGUUAUGUUCAACAACAGGAUAUCCAUGUCACUGAGGUGACUGUGAGAGAGUCAUUACAAUUUGCAGCAAGAUUAAGACGUCCUCAAGAUGUCAGCGACGAAGAAAAGUUGAAUUACGUUGAAAAGAUUAUUGAUGUUUUGGACAUGAAUGAUUAUGCCGAUGCCGUUGUUGGAAGACCGGGUAAUGGGUUGAAUGUUGAACAGCGUAAGAAAUUAUCCAUUGGUGUUGAGUUGGUUGCUAAACCAACAUUGUUGUUGUUCUUGGAUGAGCCCACCUCUGGUUUAGAUUCUCAAUCAGCAUGGGCUAUUGUUAAGUUAUUACGUGAUUUGGCCAAUGCUGGACAGUCUAUUCUUUGUACAAUCCAUCAACCUUCUGCUACAUUGUUCGAGGAGUUUGACAGGUUAUUGUUGUUGAGAAAGGGUGGACAAACAGUUUACUUUGGAGACAUUGGACCUCGUUCCAGAACAAUCUUGAGUUACUUUGAAAAAAAUGGAGCAAGAACUUGUGAUGAUCAUGAAAACCCCGCUGAGUAUAUUUUGGAAGCUAUUGGAGCCGGUGCUACCGCCGUGACCGAGUAUGAUUGGUUUAAGAUAUGGACCCAAUCACCCGAAAAGAGGGAAGCAGAUGCCAAGCGUGAUCAAUUGAUUUUAGCCAAAGCUGAAAGCUCCAACCAUACAUCUUCAGAUAGCAAAGAUUUACAAAGAAAGUAUGCCACUGGAUAUUUCUAUCAAUUCAGAUAUGUCUGGCAUAGAAAUGCAAUGACCUUCUUCAGAGACCCUGAAUAUAUUGCAGCUAAAACUUUCUUAAUGACAAUUUCCGGUUUGUUCAUUGGGUUCACUUUCUUUGGAUUGAAGCAUACACGAGCUGGUGCCCAAAAUGGUAUGUUCUGUGCCUUCUUGUCCGUCGUUGUUUCUGCCCCUGUCAUUAAUCAAAUUCAAGAAAAGGCUUAUGCUGGUAGAGAAUUGUUUGAAGUUAGAGAAAAGCUUUCAAAUACAUACCACUGGUCCUUGUUAAUCAUUACUCAAUUCAUUAACGAAUUACCUUAUCUUUUUAUUGGUGCAGCAAUCAUGUUUGUUUCAGUCUACUUCCCAACUCAAGUGGACACCAGUCCAUCUCAUUCCGGUAUGUUUUAUUUUACACAUGGUAUUUUCCUUCAAGGUUUUGCUGCUAGUUUUGGUUUGAUGCUUCUUUAUAUUGCUCCCGACUUAGAAAGUGCAGCUGUUCUUGUGUCUUUCUUCUAUUCAUUUAUUGUAUCCUUUUCAGGUGUAGUCCAACCAGUGACCCUUAUGCCAGGAUUUUGGACUUUUAUGUACAAGGUAUCACCCUAUACCUAUUUCAUCCAAAAUUUAGUGACUUCAUUCCUUCAUGGUCGCCCAAUCCAUUGCAGUGACCAAGAGUUGUCUUUCUUCAACCCACCCGCUGGUGAAACAUGUGGACAAUUUGCUGGACCAUUCGUACAAGCCCAUGGUGGAUACCUUGUUGAUGAAAAUGCUACAAAUCAAUGUGGAUAUUGCAGUCUCAGUAACGCGGAUCAAUAUUUAUGGACUAUUAGAGCCAAAUAUUCCUACAGAUGGAGAAAUGUUGGUUUUUUCGUUGCAUACAUUAUUUUCAACAUCAGUGCCUGUUUGCUGCUUUAUUAUUUAAUGAGAUACAGAAAGAUUUUCAAUAAUAUGGGCAAUCCAUUGAAUGUAUUUAAGCGAAAGAAAGAUUAG